CAGAGAGAUAGGGUGCUGGGGGAAACAGAAACAAGAGGUGCUGGCAAGAAAGGGCAGCGCCUUCUGCAAGCGUUACUGCGCAUGCUCGGUAGCCGCCCAGGAACAAGCCCUGCCCGGAAGUAGCGAGUUGUGACACGACAGCGGUGCGCGGAGAGGCGACUAUGGUUUACAUUUCGAACGGACAAGUGUUGGAUAACCAGAGUCGGGCUCCUUGGAGUUUAUCAUUUAUAACAGAUUUCUUCUGGGGCAUAGCAGAUUUUGUGGUUUUAUUCUUCCAGAGCCUUGUUCAUCCAGAUUUGAGGAGGAGAGGCUGUAUAUCUUCCUCAAAUUCAAGAUAUGAUGAUGGAAGAGGGCCUCCAGGAAAUCCUCGCCGUAGAAUGGGUCGAAUAAAUCACGGUGGAGGUCCCAGUCCACCGCCCAUGGCUGGAGGAGGAUGAGGAAGGUAA